GCCAGGGGUUAAAGGUUGAAAGGGAUUGUAUGUAAAAGAGAGAGACGGACACAGGGAAAGAGAGAUUGUACACAGAGGAGGAGUGGGACUGUUCUCUCUUCAUCAUGGAUUUAUCACCUGGGGUUUUGAUCCUGUGCUCGCUGUUAGCUUCAGUGGCUGGCCAGGCUGCUGUCGUCACAGUGGAGCCCCGGACUGCCACUGUGCGCCAAGGGGAGUCAGCCAGCUUCAGGUGCCAAUUGAGCGGCGGUGCACAGCCAGUCGGUCCCAUUGAGUGGAAGAGAUCCAAUAACCAAGCAUUACCAGACAAUGCUAAGCUCGGUCCUGGGGGCUCUGUGCUGACGAUUGUUAGCGCCCGACCUGCAAACCAGGGCCAGUACCACUGCAAGGCGGGCAGCUCUGCAGGCCGCGGCUCUGCCACAGCUCUGCUCAACGUCAAAUUUGCUCCCAAAGUGCGGCUGACACCAGCAGGGCCCCUGCGGGUCAGGAUGGGCGACCCCGUGUCAGUGGAGUGUCGCGCCACAGGCAGGCCACGCCCCAAGCUGACCUGGAAACGUCAAGGCUCCACCCUGCAGCUGGUUACCAGCGAGGCAAAUGACGUCAACACCAUACGGUGGCCUGCAAUUCAUCCAGAGGACUCAGGGGUUUACAUUUGCCAGGGUGUAAACAACGAGGGGGUGACGGAGGUCAAGGUUGAGAUCGUUGUUGAGGGGGGGCUGGGAGCACCGGUGGCUUCAGUGGGUGCCACAGAAAUGACAGUGGUUGAGGGACACACUGUCACAAUGGAAUGUCAGGCCAGUGGCUCCCCUCCUCCUGUCAUCACCUGGUCCAAGCUCCGAGCCCCGUUGCCAUGGAAACACACAGUGGCCAAUGGAGUUUUGACACUGACCAGCGUGGGGCGCCAGGAUUCAGGACAGUACAUCUGUAAUGCCACCAACAUGCAUGGCUACAGCGAGGCGUACGUGCAGAUGGAGGUGGAGAGCCCUCCGUACGCCACCUGCCUGCCUGACCAGGUGAGGCUCCAGCCCGGCGACUCCCUGAGCGUGCAGUGCCUCGCCCACGGCUCUCAUCCCAUUCGGUUCGAGUGGAGCCGGGUGGGCAGGACGAGCCUGCCUGCGGGUGCACACAGCACGAGGGAUGGACAGCUGCUCAUCGCUCACGUUAAACUGAGUGACAGCGGAACCUACAAAUGUGUGGCCACCAACCACAUCGGCUCCAGCGAGGCACUGGCCAAAGUCAUCAUAAAAGCUUAAUCCACUGUGUUCGCACAAUGUCUGAUCAACAAACCAUCUAUGCAGCGCUGACAACCUCUGCAGGCCUGGUGUGAAGCCACCAAGACAGUUAAUACUGAGAAAUCAGACAAAAUGAUAUUUAAGAGAUUCACAUAUUUUGGCAUUUCAAAGUGAAACGUAUCAGCGCUGUUCAAACGUUUGGUUUUAUUGUGAAUAUUCAGCUAAUUUUGUACUUUUAUAAAAAACUGAUACUGUUCUUAUUGUUGCCCAUGUCUCAUAUCGGCCUUCACAAAGCUUUUCUCUCAAACCAUGUGUGGAACAGUCUGUGUGUGGGAGUUUGUUCUGCUGGAAUGUCUCUGGACCCCGUCUUCCUCCCUUCAUGUCAUUUAGGUCCAAAAACCAAAAGGAGGGCACAAAACAAACAAAACCUGGUCUGACAGAAAAGCUUUUAUUCAGCUAUUAAAUGUCAAAACAACAAAGACUAAAUUAAAUAAAGGUUCAUUUAAUUCAAAUGAA